GGGGCGUGUCCGUGGCGGGCGCUGUCUUGAGGAAGGCCGAGCAGCCGCCACCACGCUUUCAGUCGCGGCGAGACGCAAACGAGUCAGGCUGAGGGCCGCGGCGGCGAUGCAGCGACGGCGGCGCCCUUCGCUGCCCGCCUCUCAGCUGCCCGAGGGCUGCGGGGGAGGCGGUGGCGGCCGCGGAGGCUGCGGUGGCGGAGGCGGGAGCGGGGAGGUGGAAGUGCAGUUCUCCGCCGGGCGUUUGGGCUCGGUUGCGGUCGAUUCGGCGGCGGCGGCGGCGGCGGCCGCACGCAGCACGGAGGAGGAGGAGGAGAGGCUGGAGCGCGAGCACUUCUGGAAGAUCAUUAAUGCCUUCCGCUACUACGGCACCAGUAUGCAUGAGCGAGUGAACCGGACAGAAAGACAAUUUCGAUCACUUCCAGCUAAUCAACAGAAACUACUUCCUCAGUUUCUUUUUCAUUUGGACAAGAUCCGGAAAUGCAUUGAUCAUAAUCAAGAAAUACUACUGACCAUUGUGAAUGAUUGCAUACAUAUGUUUGAAAAUAAAGAAUAUGGAGAAGACGGCAAUGGAAAGAUUAUGCCAGCAUCUACAUUCGAUAUGGAUAAGUUAAAAUCCACUUUGAAACAGUUUGUGAGAGACUGGUGUGAAACUGGGAAAGCAGAAAGGGAUGCCUGCUAUCAGCCAAUCAUUAAAGAAAUUUUAAAAAAUUUUCCAAAAGAGAGAUGGGAUCCAUCUAAAGUAAAUAUUCUGGUACCUGGUGCUGGACUAGGAAGACUGGCCUGGGAAAUAGCUAUGCUAGGUUAUGCUUGUCAAGGAAAUGAAUGGAGUUUUUUUAUGCUCUUUUCUUCCAACUUUGUACUCAACAGAUGUUCUGAAAUUAAUAAAUAUAAGCUUUAUCCCUGGAUCCAUCAGUUUAGCAAUAACCGGAGGUCAGCUGAUCAGAUUCGACCCAUCUUUUUCCCUGAUGUUGACCCCCACAGUCUUCCUCCUGGUUCUAACUUUUCUAUGACAGCAGGAGAUUUUCAGGAGAUAUACUCAGAAUGCAAUACCUGGGACUGUAUUGCUACCUGUUUCUUCAUAGACACAGCCCACAAUGUAAUUGAUUACAUUGACACAAUAUGGAAAAUACUCAAGCCAGGUGGAAUUUGGAUAAAUCUAGGUCCUCUGCUGUAUCACUUUGAAAAUUUGGCAAAUGAACUUUCCAUAGAAUUGAGCUAUGAAGAUCUAAAAAACGUUGUUCUGCAGUAUGGAUUCCAGCUAGAGGUGGAAAAAGAAUCUGUCUUGUCAACAUAUACUGUGAAUGAUCUCUCCAUGAUGAAAUACUACUAUGAAUGUGUCUUGUUUGUGGUGCGUAAACCACAAUAAUGGUCUCAAGUGAUAUCACCAGGAAAAAAGCUUAAUAAGAGCAAAUCCUGAAAUAAACAACUCAAAAUCAACUAUCACAAUGACAGGACACAACCUCAAAUCAGUGGUGCCUUUUUAUUCCUAAAAAAAUUUAGAAAUAGCAUCUAUUUUCUUAAUAUGUCUAUCGCUUUUUCAGAAAUAUACUAUGCCAUGCAUAUUUGUACUACACACGUAAAAAAUGGAGGAAAUGUCUUCAAGUAUACUUUUUUCUCGAAGCCCAGAAUUGUCUUUCAGUAGGAAAAACAUUUUCUCCAGUGUCUUCAUGAAGCUGUCUGUUCCAGGUCUGCCAUGCUAAUAACUAAUAGUAUUGAAAUCCAUAAUAAUCUCUUUUAUUUGUUUUGUAAACAUUGCACAUGUUAUUUUUAGAAGAGUCUAAGGAUCUUCUGUCAUAUUCAACAUCUGGAACUGGGACUUUUGUUCACUUUGGACCUAAGCAAUCUAUACAUAAAAUGUGUGUCUAUUCUUUUAUUAUUCAAAUUCUUUUAUUUUUUUCUAGCUCAGCUGAACUUAGAGAAGCAUCAGACCUUUCAUUUUUAUGAAGUGCUACAUUUAAUAGGAUCACAGGCCAGUAAUGCAUUCUAGUAACUGAGAAAUUGGUAAGUCUUUUGACAACACUAAACUCAACACGUUUUUAAAGCAUACUUAUCAUGGAUCACUCUGAAAUGUAUGAAGAUCUCAACAUGCUAAGUGAGGCACAAAAGCCUUUAUUAAAGGUACUGCUAGGAAACAGGGGAAGUAAAAAUAAAAUCUGCCCAUUUGAAAUGUAUGAUUUCAAACUGUGAGUGAAUACAGAGUCGGUCAGUGAAAUGUUUGCAAUAAUUUCUUUAGAUUACCUGGAUUAUAAAAGCAAGCACUUUUUUUCAUUAAAACAAUUGUAUACUAGUAAAAACUGUCAUGAUGGUAUUAAUGUGGAGAAAUUUUGAAUAUGAAAUUCAGGGAUAAAUUACUGCCUGUGGUAUGUGUCUUUAAUAUUGUAAGCAGCAGCCAUUGAUUUCAGAUUAGCACCACUUUUGUUCCCUCAUAGCUGGGGUUAAAACAGUAUAUGCUGCUUUAAAUUUCUACCUCUAGCAGAUCUUUAUUGGAUGGGGUUUUCCUUUGUAUUUUUUUUUUUUUUUUAAUGUUUAUUUUUCUGUUUCCAGGAGCUUGGAAGGUAUAGGUAACAAAUUUAACCUUUUCUUGGAGAAAAGGAAGUACUCUUGAGUAUUUUACAGAUGAUUAUGAUGGCAUUAAAUGACCUCUGUGGCCAUUUGGAUUAGAUGCUUAAUCUCAGUAUGUGCUGGUAGCAUAAAUGUCAUGGUUUGAUAGGAAAACUUACUUGUAAAUCUUUAAACCUUUAUGUCGUUUAGGUUGGGGGAGUCACUACAUGAUUUUGGCAUCUUAUUAGUAGGAGCUUUUCUGCAUACAGUAAUGGAGCUCUUGUGGCCUUUAUACCCAUUAUGCAGUAGAGGAUUCCAUGAAAUUAAUUUGACUUGUCAAUUUAUGGAAACCUGUUGAGUUGUUGUUGUUGUUUUUUUAACUAUUUAUCUUUUUUGUGUCCCUCUAUACUUGGCAGCUCAUUUAGUGGGAAUUCUCAUUACCUACCACAUGAAUGAACUUGAAAUAAAUUGCCAGGGGAAAAAAAUUAUUAUUAUUAUUUUUAAGAAAGAAAAGAGACUUAAAAGGAGCCUAGGUAUUUUUUAAAAAUCUAUUGAAAGGAAAAGAAUGCAUGCUGUUUAUGGGUAAUUUAGAAAGGCUUUUUAUUCACUGACUAGUAUUCACUUUUUUACAGCUCACAUCAAAACAAAUGAUCUUUAUCUCAGAGAGGCAAAAACAGGUUGACACCGAUGAGUUGGCUUUAUUACUUAAAAUUUCUGCUAUCAGGUUUUAUUCUUUAGUAGUGUUACCUGUAUUUCUAAAUUAUAGCUUACAUUUUUGUUAAUUCUGAAAUCAGGUAUUUCAUUUGUUUUUAAUGUUUCCCUCAUAUCAUGAGUACAUUUUUUUAAUGUUCCACACAAAUUUGCAUUGCUUUUUUUCUCUUAUAGUUUGUAGUUAAUAUAUUCUAAACUUGAAAAUUGUGGUAUUAAUAAUAGAAGUGUCACUGGAGGAUUUAAUUUUGUAUUUCUCACAUGUAGUCCUACUAAAGUGUGUAAGCCUUAAAGUUUUUUACUUUUUUCUUAAAUUAGCUCUACACACAGAUGUUUUCAUUCAUUUUAAUAAAGUGGAAGAAGAUAGGUCAUUAUGCUUGCUGGGGUUUUUUUUUCCCUCCAUAAUCUGAAGUGGUGCAGGUUAGGGUAUGUUAAUCAGAUGAGCAAGGUGGAAUAUGUAAAAUAUAAAGAGAAGCUGUACAAAUCACAGUAUAAAAUUAUGACGUUUGGGAACUGUAAAAUGUACUGUAUUUAUAUGUAAUUCUCAUUCUAAAAGUUGCCACAGUGGCUGAAUUGGAAGCUUCAUGUCUGCAUGAAAUUUCCUGUAUUUUUAGUGUGUAUAAUGGACUUAAUUUUUCUUGACUAUUAAAGUCUGCCAAUUGUUAUGAAAUAAUACUUGCUUUGUUGUUUGCAUCUAAAUUAGUGAUAACCAUAGACAUGGGAAUUUAAAUUAAUUGAGCACAUAUCUUAUACUAAUUUAUUCUGAUCUUUGAUUUUGUUAAAUAAUAGAAAAAGAACUGUAAACGAAACCAGUAGAAGAAAGUUCCAGGACCCACCAUUAGUAGAACGAACACUGACCUUGGCACUUAGAUACUCUGCGUUCAUUUUCUUGAACUACUGUUUGUGAUCUUGGGCAAGGUGCUCUGAGUUUGUUUCCUGAUCUGUGAGAGGAUUGAUACCACCUAUUUCAAAGGGCUUUUAAGAAGUCAUAUGAGUUAUAUGUAAAAUAUUAUAUGUAAAUAUAUGAAAGGACAUGGUAGAUAAUUAAAUGUAAUUUGAUCUGUGUUGAUUGCUAUAUAGUGACAGAAAAAGAUGAAGAUCAGUAAUAGGACAUUAAUUUUAGUACUGUUAUCGUGACCCUUUGAAAACAGUUUUAGUGGAAUCUUAGGGGCAAAAGUCAAAGAUAACAUGUAUAGGUAUAGAUUCCAAAAGUUUGGUGGGAAUUAUAAAGAAAUAUAAUAGUAGGUAAUGGGAGAAAGGACACAAGUAAAAUUUAAUGGACGGUUACUCUAACUUUACAAACAUACUAAUACAUGCCUCUUACAUAUGUUUGAUUAUUUCUCUUCAGUGGCUAUUUAGAAAUGGAAUCAUUCAAUCAGUUGUAUGUGCAUUUUCAGUCAAGUUGCCUUUCAAGAAGACUACAUGCUAUCAACAGUGCUUGAGAGUAACCAUCCAUGCCCUAACCAGUACUGGAUAUUGCUAAUCUUUUCAUUUUGUCUAUGUGAUAGGAAAACAUGAUAUCUAAUUUUAAUAUUCAUUUCUUUACCAGUCAGUGAAGUUGAGCAAUUUGUGUAAAUUUAGUGGCCACAGAGAGGUGUCCUUAAUAAUAUACGUUUGUCAGCUUUCACCUGGCAGACCAUACAGGCCAUUGGCAACAAUCUAAAAGUUAAUAAAAAGGUAGCAAGGUUGUCAAGGGGAAGAGUGACCAGAGUCAUGAGUACAACUUUAAGUUCUAUCCACUGAGAGGAAUGAUCACAUCUGCUUUUGGUUUUACAUAGCUGGCACUGAGGCUGAACAGUGGCAGCAGCCUAUUGGACCCCACCCCGCCAUUAGGUUUCAACUUAGCCUAUCUGUGAUCGAUGCCCAGGAGUUUAUAGGAGUGUCUGUGAAUCAAGAGCCCCAUUGAGCUAGCAACUAUAAAGUUUACCCUUAAAGGAAUAGCUGCCACUUUUUCAUGGCACCAAAAGCUGUUUAGGGUCAGACCGGCUACACUCUUGAAUAUGCUAUUUCUGUUUGACUUGCAAGGCUUGUUGGCUUCUUUUCACCUUGUUAGGCAUCAAGUCCAAGUUGAUCUACCCCCAAAUGGGGACAUCAAACCAGUCACAAGCCUCCAUGAGUCAUAUAUUCAGUUUCAACAAAAAACUUAGUAGCAGAUUAAUUGCUGCCUUCUUUAGUACAAAGGUGUAUUUGGUGACAGUGACAAGCAGUUGGUGCUAUUCUGGUACCUGGUCAUGGCCUCUCUAUUUCAGCAGCCUUAAGGCUUUGAAGCUAUGGUUUCCUUUCUCCUUUCAGCGUUAUGUAUUAUUUCUGCUGGACCACCCAGGAGGGGAGAGUCCAUGUAGUAAUCCUUGAAUGUUACACUCAUGGAAAGGAGAAGUACAGGCAUAUAUCAAUUCCAUUAUGCAUAUCUAGUUUAUAAUUUCUGGUGUGUGGUGCUUUAAAAACCUGUCCACAAAUUCUUUAUACUCCUCCCUUUGGGAGAGCCCAAUUCCUCUCCCUCUUGAAGUGCAGGUGGUAGUGUCUCCCUUCAAAUGAAGAGACUGUGGUGGAAAUGUGGUGAUUUCUAAGGCUAGGUCAUAAAGACGUUAUAGCUUCUAUUUUUCUCUCAGAACACAUACACUAGGGGAAGCCAAAUGACAUGUCAUGAGGUCAUUCAAAUAGCCCUAUGGAGAAUCCCACAUCAUGAAGUACUGAGGCCUCCAAACAAUCAUAUGAAUUGGAUGAGCUUGGAAAUGGAUCUUUCAGUCCCAGUCAGGCUGUGAGAUGAUAACUCCAGUCAACGUCUUGACUGCAACCACAUGAGCAACACUGAACCAUGGAGCUAAACUGAUGUUGAACUGAUUUCUAAUUCACAGACUCUGAGAAAAUGUUUGUUGUUUUAAGCCACUAGGUUUGGGGAUAGUUUGUUAUAUAACACUCUUCAUUUCUUUACAUGCAUCCAAGUUUCCAUCUGGCAUUAUACUUGGCAUCUGAAGAACUUUCUCUAACAUUUCUUAUAUUACAGGUCUUCUGGCAUUGAAUUCUCUCAGCUUUUGUCUGUCUAAAAGUCUUUAUUUUACCUUUAUUCUGAAAGAUUUAUUUAUUGAGUACAGAAUCCUGUGUUGACUUUUUAAAAAUUUCUUUAAAGAUGUCACUCUAUUGUUUUCAUGAGUACUCUGCUCUAAUUCUUAUCUUUGUCCCGCUGGAUGUAUUUUUUCUCUGGCUGCUUUUAAUAUUUCCUUUUUCAGUAGUUUGACCAUGACGUGUCUAGGUUUGUAUGGUUUGUAUAUGAAAUUUAUCCUGUUUCUUGGAUCUGUCGUUUGAUAUUUUGUUACAAUUUCUAAAAAGUUUGUUGCCAUUACUUAUUUAAAUAUUUCUUCUGCCCUGUUCUCUCUUUUUUCUCCUUCUGGGAUUUCUACUACAUAUGCAUUAAAUUGCUCAUUAUUGUCCCACAACUCCCAAACACUCUGUUCUGGUGUUAUCUAGUUGCUUAGUUUUGUCUGUGUUGAAUUUUACUCAUUUUUUUCCAUCUUUGUCUUUCAGAUUUAUGAAGAGCUCCUUUUUAUCCAUCUUCAUUUGAUAUCAUGCUUUUAAUUUCUAGCAUUUCCAUUUAUCUUUUAUUUUAUAGUAUUCAUCUCUGCUGAAAUUACCAAUGUGUCAAUGCAUGUUAUCCACUUUUUCUAUUAUAGCCUUUAUUAUAGGAUUUUUAGUCCCUGACAGAAAAUCCCAAUAUCUGAACCACCUCAUUUCUUGACAUUUUUUUUCCUCUUGCUUUUUUCCUGAGUCUCAUUGAAUUCUAUUUACUUUGUAAAAAUAAAGGAAAAAAAAAAAGUAAAAAGAGGGGGAGGGGGAGGAGGAGGAGGAAGAGAAGGAGGGGAAAAAUACAGAACCUGAAGUAAACAAUAUUUUACCUGGGUAGAAAUAUAUUCCUUAACUUAGGUUGGUAUGAGAGGUUGAAUCAAUCUUGCAAAGAACUCCACUCAAGUUCAUUUUGUUAUUAUUUGCAGAGCACCACAGGUUCCAAAUUCCACUGUGAGCUGUGGGUUACCUCGUGCUCAGAGUAGAGGACAGGAUGCCAGUGGCUUUUUUUACUGGUAUUCCGGCUCCAUCUCCUGUAUUCAGCUGUCUCUGCAUGCCUGUGCCAGAGUUCUCGCUCCAUGCUCCUGCCUCUCCCCCAGAGGAAGACUGCUGUUCCUCCUUAGUCUGUGCUAGGUUCAUGGUAAGGGACAGUGAAGUUGUCUUAGUCCAGCCUCUCUGUGCCCCUGGGCCUCAUAUGUGGGCCUUUUGCCAGCAUUCUUAUCCUCUUCUGCAUGUAUUUGUGGUUGGUCUUAAGCAGGAAUUUCCUGCUCUUCCAGUAGAAGUAUCAGUGGAAGAUACUAGUAACCAAAUUAUCUUUUGCUCCCCUUCCCCAAAUGUAUAUUUUUGCUUCUAAUUUUCCUCCAAGGAUCUUGUCCUUGUUCUGGGGAUGAGAGGGUUUCCUACCCCAGCCCUGAGGCAGGUGGAUUUACUUUUACUCCUCUCCCACAAGCAGUAUCUUCCUGGGAGAAUUGUUUGCUGACCCUCUAUCAACAACUUAUGGAUUUGCUUACAGUAGAGAAUGUUUCAGGGAAACAGAUGGGCUUUUAUGCCUGUCUCACCUCAGCAGCAGCUAUAAUUCAUAUAUACGCCUUCCAGGGGGGCUCUCUCCAGUCUCCCACCCUGCCCCAAAUCUUUCUCCCAAUGGAAGAUCAUGGAAAAAGCUUAUGAAUGAGUGCAAACAUCUCUUGUGUCUGGGAUUCCCAGCUAUUCCAAACUAAGAUACUAAUUCACAAUUACCAAGAAUGUAAAAUUUUUUCCGAUUUUUUUCUUUGCACCUAUAAAGCAGCCAGUUCCCUGUACUCUGCCAAAUGUGAAAAAGUUGUGUGUCCCAUCUCUCUUUGGAGAGGCUUGUCCCUCUUUAUAAUUCAUUUUACUUAAUUGCCUUGCAACAUCAAUUCUGAUAGGCUUGAGAAAAAUUAUGGUUUUUAGAAUAUAAAGGAGCACAGAAUGAGAAAGAAAAUAUAAAGUAUUUGUUACCAAGCCAACUACCGCUUUCACAAAAGAGAUAUAAUCACUUGGCUACAUGGGGAUAUUUCUGGAUAGUCUGGAAAGAAAAACUAAGAACAGUUCACCAGAAGGAGAGAAUGAGAGUUUAUCUACUUGUCACAGUUUGCUCCAGGAGAGAUAACUCUUUGCUAAAAGAUUGUGCCAUCUGGCUCAAGCUGUUGGUGAGGCCAGGUCUACUGCCUUUCUGUGUGGCACUUCACCUGAGGCAUUGGUCUGCAAGUUUCAGGAAUGGUAGCAGAAGACACAGAACUACAGCAAAGUCAUAAGUUUAUUACAGCAAUAGCAGUAGCCAGAGUAUAAUUUUGUUCCAGUUCCCUGAGGCCCUACUCUCACAGAGUGACACACAGAGUGCUAGUGAUGCCAAAACAAGCACUGGAUUAUGUUACAGAAGAUCCUUGAGUUUAGGAAACCUUAAUCUUUUAUGAUGGGCAAACAGUAAAUGUGCCUUUUUUGCCCUACUAGAAGAUAUAUUGGACAGUGAGCAAACCUGCCCUUAGCUCCAGAGGGAAACACUGUAAUCUUCCAAGCUUGUCUACUGUAUACAUAUCCUUGAAAAAGUAAUCUGGAAUAAAGGCAGCCGGUGUUUGCUUACAAAAUAUGCUGAAUUGCAAAAGACCCAUGGAAAAUUGUCUCCCAACAGAAGAUAAUGGAAGCCAGAAAUUCUAAGUGUUGGCCUGUAGUAAAGAAGCUUCUAACCCACACAAGACAUCAGUGACACUAAGAUAAUCUGAAGUAGUCCAAGAUUGUGUUCCUUAUGCUCUCUGCCCACAUUCCUCAGUAUCCUACCCUUUUGUUAACAGUAUCCUCCCAGGAACAUCUGUGCAGUACCAAAAAAAAUGCACAUACGCACACAAACAUGUAUAUGUAUUCUCUGCUUUUUAAUGUAUUUGUGGCGUAGAAAUAUUGUAUACCUUGAUUUUUUGACUUAUGUUUUGCUAAUUGUUCUAUAUCCAUACACAUGAAUUUACUUCAUUUAAUAAAAGAUGCACAGCAUUUAAUUA